AUGGCGACUCAUUCAGGUUCGGCAAGUACUCAUGCUCCUCAGCCCAGCCUUGUUCUCCCUACCAGCAAGCAGUCCAAGUACUCUACGGAAAUAUCUCAAAUGCUUUUCGUAUUCGGAGAGGUGAAAAAUCCAGACGAGCAAACUGUAAGAUAUAUUGAAGAUGUCGUUCGGUGUCAAGUCGCUGAAUUGGUCGUCCAAGCGCGUGGAUUGGCUCAGAAACGAGGGCUGAGAAUCCCGACCACAGAAGAUUUGAUAUUUUUGAUCCGACAUGACCGAGCAAAAGUCAACCGAUUGAGAACAUAUUUAGGAUGGAAAGACGUUCGUAAGAAAGCGAGAGAAGACGGGGUCGAUGAGAAAGACAUCGAGUCGUUCGAACCCGAUCCAAAUGGGACAUCUACUAGAAUGAAAUCACAAAAGUUGAAGCUCAAGAUCCCAUGGGAAUUAAGCUCAAUAUACAAUGACGUACUGGUAGGAAAUGAAGAAAAUGAUGAUGAAGAGGAAGAUCAAGAUGAUAAAGAAGCCUAUGAAGCCUCUGAAAAACGAUUACGAGAAGCAGAUGAAAUCACUCGGCACAUGACCCGGGAGGAAUACCAGCACUAUUCGGAUUGUCGGCAAGCAUCAUUCACCUAUAGAAAGGCCAAACGAUUCCGAGAAUUCGUUGGACUUUCAAACUACAUUGAAGGCAACCCAAAGGAUGAAGUCGUCGAUGUGCUUGGAUUUUUAUCGUAUGAGAUGGUCCGGGUAUUAUGCGAAAAAGGACUAGCGGUCAAACGCGAGUAUGCCUUAGCACGGAUUGCCCAGGGUGAAGAUGGGGCAGCUCGAAAUGAAGAAACUCACAGCGGUAGUCCUAACAAGCGGAAACGAAGGGCGAAUGCGAUUGACUUAUCUGAUGAUAACUAUGAUGGAUCAGAAGCCUGGAAAAGACCCAAGCCGAUUGGCCCCUUCUCUGAACCCGUCAGCGGGCCUUUCAAGCUGUCGCAAAAUGGAAACAAUCUGACGAAAUCAUUCACAGAUGACGCUUUUGAAUUGGUCGAAGAUCCUACCUCCAAGUCGGCACUUGAUAAGCCCCAGGAGUCUGGCAACGCAACCGAAGGAUCUAGUAUGGUCAAGAAAACAGAGCCACAGCACCCACCAGCCCCUGUUGAAAAUAGAACUCCUUUGAAAGUGACAGAUGUUGAAAACGCUUACUCGUUGAUGCAAUCUGGUAGAGUCAAGGCUAAGAUGACUGCACUGAGGAACUUUACCGGCGGCUUUGUUCGAACCAAAGUUAGCUUGAUUUGA